AUGCAGUCCAACCAUGUUGCCCAUCAUUCGCACAUUGACUUAGUCUCCAUGCCCCACGAGGCCUAUCUGUGCAGUUAUGGAGAAGACUGGGCGGGGAUCACGAAUCAAAGGGAGAGAAGAAAGUUGCAAAACAGACUCAACCAGAGAGCUCGUCGCCGGAGGAAAGCUCAGCGCGGGGGUGCCGGAGAGGAUGCGCCCGCCUCACACCAAAGACCAUGCACGAGCAUCAUUGUCUGCUCCGAAGACGACACGAUGAUGGGGGAGGCGACAGCAGACAAUGUGGAUCGAAAACGUGGGAUCUUACAUCAAUUUGCCCAGAGUGCCCUGGCAAGCUACGCAAGAUGUCAGCCAAGUGCAGAUCACCUGCUUCGACUGAUCCAGCAUAAUGUCGUGGAGAGCCUCACCGUGAAUUCGGCUAUGUUAGGCUUCACUGUCGACUGGCUUCUAUGUAGCUCAGUUUCUCCCUUUACUGUCUAUGUGCCGGAGAAGGACUCGGAUGGCGGAUUCUUCCGGACAGUGUGCCCCUCGAACCUCCUUCCGACUACGCUCCAAAAACGAAUCCCGCAUCAUCCAUGGGUCGACCUGUUCCCUCUGCCUCAGAUGCGUGAUAAUUUACUGCUGGCUAUCUCGCAUAGUCUUUUCAUAGAUGGAGAGCAGAAGCUCUGGGACGAUAUGAUUGAAGUAUGCGGCCAGACAGACUGGGGUGGCAUGAUAGUGUGGGGUGAGCCCUGGGACCCAAGGAAUUGGGAGGUAACCCUGCCAUUCUUCAAGCGAUGGGGGUGGCUGUUGUACGGGUGUCAUGAAAUUUUAGAGGCCACGAAUCAUUGGCGAAGGCAGAGAGGUGAAAGGCCGUUGGAAUAUCCGUAA